AUCUGGACUAAAUAAAUACGCAUUUAACUACAUUAUUAAUGUUUGUUUUAACAAAUUCAUAAAUAAGUAACUAUAAAUGCAUGUACAUAUGUGUUUGCAUACUUCCACAGAAGCACAACGUUUAUCAGCAUCCCCAUUAAACUUCACUAAUUCAACGCAAUCGCAGUCACGCUUUAUGAAAACAAAGGUUGUGCAACCGCCAGCGAAAUAUUUUAUAUACACUUCUCAAUGUCAUGUGCCAUAUGUGGAUCCCUUCGGAGAGGGAGUGCUCAAACUCUUUAACCCAAAAAAAUUCAAAUACACCGACUGCACUAAGGAUGAGGCAUUCAUUACGACCAACUAUCAGCUAAAUGCACGGCAAUACUUUUUGCAUAUGAAUUUUCCGGCUAUUGAACGAGCGGUAAAGGUUCUAAAUGCCAGUGUUACAAAUGUUAGUUGCUGUUAUCGACAAAUCGUUCGAGCAGGAAGUGGUGGAUCAGCUGACGACAAGUACAAAUUACUUCCUUGCUCCAUAUUUCACCAGAACUUCAUGGUGCCACAGCACAUAGACUAUAUAAUAACAGAAUGUUAUAUAGGCAACAAUACGAAGCAUGUAAUCCAAAAAGAUGCGUUUUCAUUCAUACAACAGCCAAAGCUUAAAUCGAACAAUUCAAACAACGUACCCGCCACUUCAUUCCACUUAAAGAAAAGGAAGCCCAGUGUAUUGCUAUUGGGCAUUGAUAGCGUUUCGCGCAUUAACUUACGUCGUACCAUGCCGGAGACAUUUAAAUAUCUGCAAAAUAACCGAUGGUUCGAAAUGCAAGGAUAUAAUAAAGUUGGGGAUAACACAUUUCCUAAUUUAAUGGCUCUGAUGGCAUCAUAUAACUCAACAACAGCUACAGACAAAUGUAAACCCAAAUCUGUAGGCGGUCUAAAUAAACCUAUUUGUAAUCUAAUAUGGAAUAAUUUUAAGCAGUUUGGAUACAAAACAGCAUAUGCCGAAGAUAUAUACGCAAUGAGUACAUUUAAUUAUUUCAAAAAAGGGUUCCAGCAAUCACCAACGGAUUAUUAUUUACGGCCUAUGAUGUUGGCAAUUCCAAAGCAAAUGAAAGUGAAGAAGAUGGCAGGCUUAGCAUAUUGCAUAGGCCGUAAACACCAAGGCGAAUACAUUUUUGAUUACGCAUUACAAUUUGCGAAUGCCUUUCCUGAAGAUCCGCUGUUCGGACUAUUCUGGGCAAAUUCAUUUAGUCAUAACUCCUUUGAUACAACAGCAACAAUGGAUAAGAAAAUGAUAGAAUAUCUCACGAAAAUGGAGAGUGGUGGCAUACUGGAACGUUCAAUUGUAAUAUUCUUUGCUGAUCAUGGCAUGCGGUGGGGUCCUUUGCUUAAAUUAAAAUCUGGAUUCUUAGAAGAACGACUACCGAUGAUGUUUAUAUCGUUACCAUCAUGGUACCGAAACGAAUAUCCAGAUUUUGUGAAAGCUUUGGAAAUAAAUCAACACCGUUUAACUUCACCCUAUGAUAUCUAUGCGACCCUGAAGCAUAUACUCGAAGAGACCGACCAAGAAAUUGAAUUCUCUUACCUUAAUGACACAGUGACGGGUUUAAGUAUUCUUCAUGAAAUACCAGAGAAUCGUUCCUGCAUUGAGGCUGGUAUCACCGAACAUUGGUGUACUUGCAUACCAUACGAAGGUUUACCCAGCACCGACGCUACUGCGACCAACGUAACUGUUUUGGUGAUCGACGAAAUUAAUCAAUAUAUAGAUGAUAGAAAUAUCAGUAGUAAGUGUAGUCUUCUGGAGUUGAAGAGCCUCAAGAAGGUAGAAAUCAAAAUGUAUGAAUUAUCGAAUCAAUCAACAUACAGAAUAACCUUCGAAGCGAAUCCGAAGAAGCCAAAAUUUCAAGCAACAGCUGUUUAUGAUAAGACUUCAAAUACAAUCACUACAAAUGUGGAAGAUAUAUCCCGUCUGGAUUCGUAUGCUACCACCGCUGACUGCAUCGAUUUGAAAGAGGCGAAGAAAUUUUGCAUUUGUGCAAAUAUGAAAUCUUAAAAGAUUAGUUAGUAAUUUGAGCACCCAUUAGUGGAAUGGACUAGUAAAGAAAUCGAGGCACCAUCUUUCGCCGGACAGCAGAUUAUGAUUUCAUGGAAUGAUUGACUUUUGGGUUGUGUAAAAAGCGCUUCAUAAGCUAGUUUUUCACUGUAAGUUUAGCUGAGGCGAAUUUUUAAACUAACUCUGCAAGAUUGGACGCUCAUACUAAAUUUAGCAACUCUUCCAUAACCGGACGCGAAUAAUUUUUUGCUCCACCAAAGGCAGUUCAGUUCAAUCUUAAGCGGACAGCUUACAAGAAAACAAUUUGAUUUGCUCUUUAUUUUAUACACAAAGCGUGGGAGCAAGUGAGUGAGUUCACAGACAGUGAAAAAUUGUUUCGAGAAAGUUGGUUUUGAGAAAACAGACAUCCUUAAUAACAAUAGCAGUUAGAUGCGAAAGGAUGAGUUUCUACUAUCGAUUGAUCGAGGGUUCGGAAAGAAUUUUUUUUCAAAUAUUUUACUACUUUCUGAUUUUUAUAAUCUCAAAUUUUGUAAGUCCUUUUCUGCCAAUUUGAGCAUGAAAUUAGCUGAUAUACAAAAUUACCACAAGAAGAAGAAAUCGAGAUCAUGAAGUCACCACUUUUUGUUGCAUUUAAUAUGAAUUGGCUGUAUGGGAACAUUUUCCGUUUGCAAUUAGUUAUUUUUGAAAAACAUUAGUACAAUAAGAUCGAGUAUAUUUUGGUAAAACAUAUACAAAAAAUUCACGCAUAUAAAACCAAAAAUAAAUAAUACUAAACUAAGCAACAAUUAUAGAGUAAACUAAAUUUACAGCUUAGAAGAUUCAUCAAUUUUAAAAAAUAUAAUAACACUAAAUAUUUUAAAAGUUGCUCCCAUUGGUUUUGAUGCUAAUACACGUAGCAGUAGGAAAUGAAUUUCAGAACAGAACAGCAGCGUUGAAGAACAGCCUCCUAGAAAAAAAUUGUAUUUAAUCAAGGAAUGUAUCGUUUUCGGAAAAAAUCAAGUUGUUACAGUCAAGUUAUUGUCUUCAUACUCAACUUCCACCAAUGAAAAAAUAUCACUUGGCUACCGAUACAUACAGGUAUAUACGGGCAUAUCGAGGGCAGUAGGAAUAAGUAGAGUCGCAAUGGCACUUUCUACCUAAUGUGAUAACGGAAUUAAAGGUACAUAGAAAUUAUUAAAAGAGGCUUUCAAUAUACAUAAGUACAUAUUACAAAAAUAUUCUUGCUCGAGCAAGCUGUCUGUGAUUUUAGCAUAAUGAUUAAAAGAU